ACGGUGACGCCGUGGCCGGUCCCGGGCUUCAGGGCGGGGUAGAGUCGCAGAUGCUGAGAUUUCAUCUCAGAAAUCUUGUUGGCCCUCUCUUCAAAAUACAUCUACAACCUGAGAAUUUACCGCUUCUACUGCUACCUGGUGCAAAAGUUGGCUCUGGAGAGCGGUGAAUCGGAGGGGACCUCAGGCAGCAGGCAGCUGGGGCCAUGGCCUCCGACCUGGACUUCUCCCCUCCCGAGGUGCCUGAACCCACAUUCCUGGAGAACCUGCUGCGAUAUGGACUCUUCCUGGGGGCCAUCUUCCAGCUCAUCUGUGUACUGGCCAUCAUUGUACCCAUUCCCAAGUCCCACGAGGCGGAGGCAGAACCAUCUGAGCCCCGAAGUGCGGAGGUGACGAGGAAGCCCAAGGCCACUGCUCCUUCUGCAAACAAGAGACCCAAGAAGGAGGCCAAGAAGAAGCGGUAGAAGAGGCGGCCUGUGGAGCCCGGUGGGCGGGCAAGGGCCUUGGGGGCAGCCCUCCCGGGGCUCAACGUUCUGUUCCCUCACUUUAUCCCGGGCUCAGGGUCUGAGGUGGCUGGGACGCCCUCUGACCACAGAGACCUGGACAGUCACGAUAGUUCCCAGGGCCCGGUGGGCAGACCACCACUUCCUCUUUCUUCUGCUUCCAUGAUGGUUUAGGGCCAAGGGGACUAAAACACUCUGUGAGCAGAGACUGUCUUGGAAGUCUCUUCAGAAAUUGGGUCAGCUCACAGAGUUGCAUUUUCCUACUGAAUCCUCGUGUCCUGCCUUUAGUCACCCACGUUGUAGAUUUACACUGCAUUUUCGAGUCAUUAUCUGAUGCUGACAAGCCCCGCCCAUCUCCCAUUAUCUGUGCCCCGCAGAUCAGAUCUGCUAAUCAGUCACCUUUGUCUCUGCUUGUGCAGAUGGAGCUGGGCCAGGCCUCCCCUGUUUGUUUAGGUCAAGGCGCCAAAGCCACUGCAGUGCUAGGGGUCCCACUAGUACAACAGCCAGGCCUGAAAGAUGCCUGGAGUGAGAGCCAGUGGAAGACCCAGCCAGGGUGAUGCCCCAUCCUCCUCCAGCGCAUUGAAGGGAUUUGGCUGAAUGAGCGUGUUUUCUUGGGCCCAGACUUCCUGAGCAUCUGAAAUGGGGGAGGGCUUGUCAAUCUCAGACCCCCCUCUUUUCAGCCCAUCAUAGCACAUUCAACGUGCACCUUUUGGCUUCUGUCUGUGCCCCCUCCCACACCCCCAGUUCUUUCAGGCCCUGACCGGUGAGGAAAAGUCAUUUGGGGAAGUAAACGUUAAUAAACGGCCCCACACGCUGAGCUGCCUGUGUGUCGCCUGUACUGAUGGGGAGUGCUGGUCCCUCCCCUGCGGGGUGCGGGAAGGGCGCACCCCCAGAGAAGCGGGACAGUGGGGCCGGGGAUGGCCGGAGCGGGGUCCGUCUGGUCAGAGCAGCUCCAGGACGAAUUUUAGGAAGGGUCCAGCCAACUGCUUCGUGUGGCCCUUAGUCACUGGAAAUGCGGUGAACGUCCGUGCGUGUGUCAGAGUUUCCACCGGGGCCGGGCUCCUCUCAGUCCCUGGUUCCCGCUGCCUGAGGAAGACGCUGCUUGUCUUCAAAGCAGCUUGAGGAAAACUGAGUUGGAGGCCUUACGUGGCAUGGGGUGGGUCACACAGGUCCUGUCACGUGCCCUGAAUCAGCCACCAAGGAGAAGCCUCGAUCUGUGGUCCCUCUGAACGCCUGGCUGGUUUACAGUUUGCCGAACACUUUCCCAAAUGUUGUCACAACUGAUGAGGUGGAACUUAAGGGAUGAGCAUGUGUCAUCUCCCUUUUAGAGACAGGAGACUGAAGUCCUGAUGACUUGAGAAUGCCAGAACUCGGACUUGGGCCCAGUCCUUGGCCCUUUUUUCAACAUUUAACAAAUACUCAGUGAGUGUCAGCAGGCUGGUGCUGUGAUGGGCCAGCCUGCCACGGAGGGCCUGGCAGGAUCCCAGCACCCCAGGUUUUAGGAGGAGCCUGGGGACUGGAGUGCCUGCACAACAAAGGGCCAGGCACAGCCAGAUCCUAGCGGAAGUGGCUUCUGCUGAGUGUUUCUGUUCACAGACGUUUACUCAGUCUCUUAGAUGUCUUAUGCCACGCUAGGGCAGGGGAUGCAGAAAUAAGGAGGCCUCCCAGAAGCCCAGAGUGAGCCUGGACCAGUGGGAGACUGAGACGUGUACACAGCCUGGGUGUGGAGAGCUGUCCAGCGAGGGAGCAGUGGGUGCUGUGGGAUCUGGGUGGGGGCCCCCAGCUUGGCCUUGAGGCAGGCAGCACAGCUGCCUGGCAGAGUAGAGUAACUGAGCUGAGUCUUAAGGGCCCAGCUGGAGUUGAGACCGGAGGGGAAUUAUGCUGGGAGAGUAGGGCCAGACCUCUAGAGCAGACCUGUCCAGCUAACGGGAGGGGAGACAGCUCUGGAAUCACAGGAGCAGGGCCGCCUUGGUAGGUCUGACUCCCUUAAAUUGUCUCCUGUAGAGGCUGUUUGCCAGAGAACAGCCCUAGGAAAGUAAAGGUGGUCACCCUCUGCUCCACCAACCCCUUACUCCACACUUGCUUUGGACAGAGCUUGCAGCAUUUGGCGCUCCUGGCUUCCAGGACCCCACCCUCACCUGGUUUUCCUUCUACAUCACUGGUUCCUCCUCAUCAAAGGGGGCCCAGGUCUCAGUCCUUGAUCUCUGCCCGCACUCCCUGGGAGAUCUCAUCCAGGCUCAUGGCUUUAAAUACCACCAACAUGCCUAUGUCUCCCAAAGAAAUCCCACCAGACCCCUCUCCUAAACUCCAGACUCAUAUAUAUCUGACCUCCUACUCGGUAUCUCCACUUGGAUACCCAACAGGCAUCUCAAAGUAAAGUCCUGACACCAGCAGCCCCAAGUCUGAUUUUUGUGGUCUUCCCCUUCUUUUUAAAAAAAUUUAUUUUAUUUAUUUAUUUUUGGCUGCAUUAGGUCUUCGUGGCUGCACGUGAGCUUUUCUCUUAGUUGCAGCGAGUGGAGGCUACUCUUCGUUGUGGUGCGCAGGCUUCUCAUUACGGUGGCUUCUCUUGUUGCGGAGCAUGGGCUCUAGGCAUGCUAGCUUCAGUGGUUGUGGCACGUGGGCUCUAGAGUGCAGGCUCAGUAGUUGUGGUGCAUGGGCUUAGUUGCUCCGCGGCAUGUGAGAUCUUCCCAGACCAGGGAUUGAACUCAUGUCCUCUUCAUUGGUAGGCGGAUUCUUAACCACUGUGCCACCAGGGACGUCCCAGUUCUUCCCCUUCUUAAAGGGCAUCUUAAUCCUUUCAGUUGUUCAGGCCAAAAGCCUUGGAGCCAUCCUUGACUCCCCUCUUUCUGUGACACUCCACUUUUGAUCCUUAAGUGGUUCCUUGCAACUUGACCUUCAAAAUCCAGAAUGAGACCCAUCUUACCACUUCUCUCUACUACCAUGGUCCAGCCACCAUCGUCUCAGGGAUAUUGCAGCAGCCUGCUCAUGGUUAGUCUGUUCUAGACACAGCAGCCAGGGGCAUCCUUAAAACCCAUAAGCUCACAUCCCUCACCUGAUCCCAUCUCACUCAGGUAAAGGUCAGUCUUCACUGGGACCCAUAAGGACCUGUAAGAGCCAUUUUACCUUCUUUACCUGUCUGAUUUCGUGAGAGACCACUUCCCCCCUUGCCCGCUCUAUUGCAUCCUCAUUGAUCUCCAUCUUCCUCAAGCAAGUCUGGCAAGCCCUGCCUUAGGGCCUUUGAGCUUGCUGUCCUUUAGAUACUGUGCCUUAUGUGGUGGACAGAACAAUGGCUUCCUCAAAGAUGUCCGCAUCCUAAUCCGCAGGACCUGUGACUGUGUCACCUUACAUGGCAAAAGGGACUUUGCAGGUGUGAUUAUGGAUUUUGAGAUGGGGAGAGUAUUUUGGAUUAUCCAGGUGGGCCCAGCAUAAUCUCAAGGGUCUUUAUAAGGAAAAGAGCGAGGGAGGAAAGUCAAAGAGAAGGAGAUGUGAUAAGGGAGGCAGAGGUUGGAAUGAUGUGGGUCCAUGAGCCGAGGAAUGUGGGCAGCGUCUAGAAGCGGCAAAGGCAAGGCAUGAGCUCUCCCCUGGAGCCUCCAGAAGGACGCGGCUCCGCCAACACCUUGAUUUCAGCCCAGUGAGACCCAUUUUGGACUCCUGACCUCAAGAAACGUGAAAUACUACAUUUGUGUUGUUUUAAGCCUCCAAGUUUGCGGUAAUUCGCUACAGCAGCAAGAGGAAAUGAAAACAUCACUCAGGGAAACCUUCUCUGGCCACCUAAUUUGACAUUCUAACCUUUCGGGACUUCCCUGGUGGUCUGGUGGUCCGCUCCCAGUGCAGGGGGCCCGGGUUUGAUCCCUGGUCAGGCGACUAGAUCCCACACGCGGCAACUAAGAGUUCGCAUGCGACAACUAAAAAAAUCCCGCAUGCCGCAACUAAGACCCGGCACGGCCAAAUAAAUAAAUCUUUAAAAAAAUAACUAAAUAAAAUUCUAAACUUUCCCCCAAACUUCUCAUCCCUCACCCUUUAUUUUUUCUCCUUAGUAUUUACCACCAUUUAACACAUGUAUUUUACUUACUUUAUUUAUUGUCUUCUACCCCAAUUGGAAUGUUAGCUCCAAGAAGAAAGGAAUUUUAUUGCUGUUCUUGCUUAUAGAUGAAUCCCCGAGUCUAGAAAAUUGCCUGGCACAUAGCAGUGCUCAGUAACUAUUUGCAGCACAGGUGAUAGUAGGAGAAGCCGGCCUGCCCUGACAAUACAGCUUAGAGAAUAAACAUUACGUGUGCCCAGACACUUUACACGUCUGAUAUCGGUACAUCCUCACAACUCCACGAGGUUGUAGCAUUAGCACCCACAUUUGAGGAUGAGGACAUGGGGUGCCUGGAAUUGAACUCAGGCAGGCUGACUCCAGGGCCCACUCUAGCUCAUGCUGCUCUUUCCUCCCUGGAAUUCUCAAGCGGGGAGGGAGUUCUCUGGGAAAGAAGAAAUUGGGCCCCCGUGCUGGGGGCUUUACUAACCAGAGGACUAAAUCAUUCAUGGUAAAAUUAUGCUCAUUAAUGAGGAAGAGACUGCAGGGUGAAGUGUUUGCUUUCUAAUCUUAUUGAGGUGAAAUUCACAUGAAUAAAAUUAACCAUGUUAAAGUAUACAAUUCAGUGGCAUUUAAAACAUUUAUUAGUGUUGUGCAACCACCAUCUCCAUCUAGUUCCAAACCAUUUUUGUCACCCCAAGAUAAAACCCCAUGCCCGUUAAGCAGUUUCUCCUCGUUCCCCUCUCCCCACAGCCCCAGGCAACCACCAAUUCACUACCUGUCUCUAGGGAGGUUUACCUGCUCCGGAUAUUUGGUAUAACGCAUCACACAGUACAUGACCCUUUACGUCUGACUUCUUUCACUUAGCAUGAUGCUUCUGAGGUGCCUCCAUGUUGUAGCGUGUAUCAGCACUUCGUUCCUUUUCAUAGCUGAAUCAAAGGCAACUUGAAGGAAAUUUUGGAUCCAGACAGUCUCAUUUUGAAUCUGGAUCUCAAGGAGAUGUAGCUGUGUGGUGUUAGGCAAAAGAAUUCACAUCUUUGAUGUUCAGAGUCCACCAAAUAGAGAUCAUACAACAACCUUGCAGGGCUAUUGUAAAAAUAUAUAUACUGUGUGUAUAUAAGGUACCUGGAGCAUAGCAGGCAGUUUAUGUAAAUGGCAGCAGUGAAAAUGAUUAUUCAAUCAGGGUCAAGUUUAUCAUUAAAACAUUCUGACCUCAAGUCAGCCAUGAUCUGGCCCCCCAACUCGUUCGUUGGAAGACAAAACGAGUCCUUAGCUCCCCAGUCCUGGGAAACCCAAGUCAACGGGAGGGUUCCAGGGCUGAGCUCACGUUUGGUUUUGUAUUUGUAGAGCUCUUUACAUUUCUAGUAGAUUUUGUCAUCAGUUUUUCCCUUCCUUAUAUGUUCAACAGUCCUUCAAAUCAUGGAGGUUGAAAGCUCCAUGGCAAUGAAGGGGAGAGGACCUUUAAAAACUUCUAAGUAAGCACAUGACAGGAGUUCAUUAGUCAUGGGCAAUGCAAAUUAAUACCACAGUGUGAUACUAGAAUGACUAAAAUUGAAAAGACUGACCACACCAAAUGUUGCGCAGGGUAUGGAGUGACUGGAAUGCUCAUACAUUGCUGGUGGAAGUGUAAAAUGGUACCACCACUUUAGAAGACCAUUUGGGAGUUUCUUUAAAAAGUACAAUAUGUAUCUACCCUAUGACCCAGCAUUCCACUCCUAGGUAUUUACCCAAGAGAAAAGAAAGUAUUUGUCCUUGAAAGUCUUGACUAAAUUCUAGCUAGAAGGUUCAUAGCAGUUUUCCUCACAAUAGGCAAAAACUGGACAUAGCCCAGAUGCUCAUCAACAGUAGAGUGGAUAAGCUGUAGUGCGUUUAUACGAUGAAAUACCGCACACCAUAAAGGCCGCAUCCUACUCAUACACACGAUAAUAUGAAUGAAUCUCAAAACUGUUGUGUUGAGGGAAAGAAGCCAGACAUACCCACAAACACACAAAUACAAUAUCUACUGUCUGGUUCUAUUCAUAUGGAAUUCUAAAACAGACAAAACUAACCUGUGGUGAUAGAGAUCAGAUCAGUGGAUGUUUCUGGGAGAGAGAUUGCCUAGGAAGGGGUAUGAGAAAACUUUCUGGGGUGAUUGAAGUGUCCUGUAUCUUGAUAUGCAAUCAUCAAAAUUGAAUGCUUAAGAUCUGAGCAUUUCACUAUGUGUAAAUCACACCUUAAUAAAAAAUUUUCC